CAGAGUGGACUACCAUUUUGCAUGGUGAUUUUUUGGCCGGCUUUUAUAAUCUAUCAGUAUCUCCUUCACAUGUGUGGGAUUUUUUGUAUCAUUUUAGAAAGCUAUUUAUUAGAAAAUUAUACUUCCAUCAAGGUUAUCUCUUCUUUCGUCUGUUGGAUCGUAAACAAGCAAUGACGAAAUCAGCCAAGUCGCGUAACGGACAGACGAAAACAGUCUCCUCGAAUGCUCCAACUUCUACCAAGAAAAAAGCCGAUAAAAAGGGCAAAGGUGAUAGUACCAGCAACGACAGAUCAUUGAGCAACACUUCAAACGGAAAAGUCAAACACAGGACUAGUGCUUCAGUUCAGAGUGGAGGAGAGAACGAGGCCCAAGGAGGACUUCGUAAAAUUCCCAAAUCUGGUAACGAAAGAAAUGGUGUGGCAUCCCUCAGUCCUGAGUUGAUGCAGUUAAAGAAAAUGAGAGAUGAAGAGCGCCAAGAGAGGGAAGGAAUCGUGGUUUGGAAGAAACCACUCACAACUCUUCACUAUUUUUCUGUGGAGCUGUGCCUGAAUAUUCAAGAAUAUGCCCAAAAGUUGUGGGGUUAUAAAAUCACAGUAUUAUUCAGCAUAGUCUUUUUGAUGCUGAGUAUUGUAGCAUAUCAUACUCCUGGACCUCAUCAAGAACUUAUUGUCUCGGUUGAGAAGCAAGUCAUAUGGUGCCUUUAUUGGCUGGGACUUGGUGUUCUCAGCUCUGUUGGCCUUGGUACAGGGUUACACACAUUCUUGUUGUAUUUAGGUCCUCAUAUUGCGGCAGUUACGCUUGCCGCGUAUGAGUGUGGUACAUUAAACUUUCCCUCUCCGCCGUAUCCAGACAGCAUUGUUUGUCCGGAAGAUGAUGCACUGAGUUCAUCACAGCUACCUGUGACCCUUUGGUCCAUAAUGGCGAAAGUCCGACUAGAAGCAAUGAUGUGGGGUGCUGGAACAGCUCUGGGCGAGCUUCCACCUUAUUUCAUGGCCAGGGCUGCGCGGCUGUCCACAUUGGGCACUAAAGGUAAACGCGGCCGGAGGAGAUCCAGUCUCGAAUUGGGUGACGACAUCGAAAAAUUAAUCGAGUUUGAAGCCCUGCAACUCAAACAACAACAUCCAGAACAGAUGACUUUUCUUGAUCGCCUUAAAUUAGGCGUGGAGCGCCUGGUAGAAAAAGUUGGCUUUUUUGGGAUUUUGGCUUGUGCAUCGAUUCCCAAUCCUCUCUUUGAUCUUGCUGGAAUUACUUGUGGUCACUUUUUAGUGCCGUUUUGGACAUUUUUUGGAGCCACGCUUAUCGGCAAGGCCAUCGUCAAAACGCAUUUGCAACAACUGACUGUAAUCGUAGCAUUCAACGAGAGCCUGGUGAACAAACUGCUCACUUCUUUGGCAAAUGUUCCUUUAAUAGGAUCGCGCUUACAGGAGCCCUUGGAGCAAUUGUUCAAGAGCCAAAAAGCCAAAUUACAUGUUAAGGAAGGUGUGGUACCUUCUGAAGGAGGAAGCCUGCUGGCUUCACUUUUCGAAAAGCUCGUGAUGGUUAUGGUGAUAUAUUUCGUCAUUUCAAUCGUCAAUUCACUAGCUCAAAGUUAUCAUCAACGAUUGCAAUCACGCAAGCAACAUUUGGCUUCUGCGACUCCUCGCCAAGCCAUCAAGAACCGCAUUAAAAGUCAGGCGACAAUUGCAAAACAAGCUUAAAUUGACGUUUUGCCAACCAUUUUGCUAUCUUUUAAAGUGUAUUGAUUUAAGUAGAUAAUAGUGUUUCUGACAAUGAUUUACUCAGAUGACCGACCUUCAUGCGAGGGGUGGAAAACUCGAAGAAUCUCGGUACACUUGCCCAAGAAUCAUAAACUUGAAUAAAAUCCCAAGAAUCCCCCGUCUAUUAAAUUAAAUUUUCUAGAAUCGAGUGAUUCAUCAUCCCGCUAGAUUCUCGUACUCUUGUUCCAAGAGUUUGCUACCCCUGGCCUUCCUGUUUCUAAUCUUAUGAAAAAGGGAAGAUUUAGUGAGUAUUUUUUUCCCCUCAGCAUUUUUGGGCCUAGUUAGAAAAACAAACAAACGUCUUUUGUUCUCCCGCCAAUUUUUGUUUGCUUCCUUUACAUUCCCCUCGUCAACAAGGUGCCCGGCAUGUGUGCUGUUUUGUUUUUUUCUGAUUUAGUCUAAUUUAAGGUUCCAGGAGCCGUAUAUUCCCUUUUAUACAUAGUGUAUCAACACCGUGCCAGCCCCUGUGUCCCUCCCACUAUUCACUUUUUCUUGUGUGUGUGUGAGUGUGCGUAUCAUUGUAAUCAGACUUGAUCGUGUGUAUCAGAAUGGGUGGCAAUACAAGUGGAGUUGUGUCAAUUUAA